CUCAUCUCAGCAGCCUCCGCAAAGACCGGAACAGACAGACAGUCCACAGCGCCCUCUUCCAGCACCUCUCCUCGGGGAACCCCAGGGUCUUCUCCGAACCAACAGACUCACAGCCCACAGACCACAGGAGAAUCUCACACCUCCACCAUCGCAGCAGUGAGCACGUCGACUCCCUCACCCUCUCCAAGCAGACACAGUCCUACAGAAGGCCCUUCUCAGGAGACGUCCCCUUCCGGGGAAACAAGCACUCCAUUCCCUUCCAGUGGCGGCAGCACACCUCUGGCCACAUCAGAACUGUCGACAGUACCAACCUCGACAGAUGAAACAUCAUCCCCUUCUGGUGUAAGCAGUGCAACUCCAAUGACAUCAAAGCUGCUCACACCACCCAUUUCAGCAGACACCUCUGUGGGAACCACCGGGGACACACCACUGUCCGGGACUACGUGGUUUACUUCAUACAACAUAGCAAGCUCAGUGACAACUGGACCAGAGGAAUCAUCCACAGCACCCUCUUCCAGCACCUCCCCUCAGGAAACACCAACCUCUCACCAGAGUCACCUGACUCAGAUUAUGCAGGCCACCACAGGAUCUCGAACCCGCACCAGCACUGUAGGCAGCAGAUCAACUCCCUCAUCCUGUCCAAGCAAAGACAGUCCUACAGAGAAUGAUUCUCAAGAGACAUCCAACUCUGGAGAAGCCAAUACUCCAUCCCCUUCUUGUGUCAGCCACACAAUUGCCACACCGUCAGAAAUUUUGUUGAAACCAACCACAACAGAGGAAACUUUACCCUCUUCUGGAGUAAGUACCGCACCGCCGAUGACAUCAAUGGUUCUCACAACUCCCAUUUCAGCAGACAACCCCGUAGGAACCACAAAAGCUCCACCAGUAACUGUAACUAGAAGUUUUUCUCCGGGCACAGAGUCAAAGACAGCCAGUCUAGAGGCACAAUCAACACUAUCCUAUUCUAGCACCUUGACUCAGAAAACAUCAGCGUCUUCUCAGAAACACCAGACUCAGAGCAUGCAGACCACCACAGAAUCUGAAACCAGCACCAUCACAGAAGUGAGCACAUCAACUGCCUCAUCUUCCCCAAGCAGACACACUCCAACAGAGGGCGAUUCUGUGGAGACAUCCCCUGUCUUUGAAACUUCAUCCACUCGCAGUAUCAACAUUAUAUCUCUCACAACAUCAGAAUUGUUGACCGAACCAACCUCCACAGAGAAAGCUUCAUCCCCUUCUAGUGUAAGCAAAUCACCUCCCGUGACAUCAAGGGCACUCACAACACCCAUUUCAGGUGACACCACUGUAGGAACCACAAGGGACAUACAACUAACUGCAACUCGAGGUUUCACUCCAGGCACCGCCACUGACUCAAGGACAACUGGACUAGAGUCACAAUCAACAGUAACCUCUUCCAGCACCUUUACUCAGGAAACAUCAGCAUCUGCUCAGAAACACCAGGCUCAGAGCAUACAGACCACCAGAGAAUCAGAAUCCAGCAGAAUCACACUAGCAACCAUAUCAACUCUUUCAACCUCGCCAAGUGGAUUUACUCCCUCAGGGAGAAUUUCUCAGGAGACAUCCCCUUCCAGUGUCAGCCACACACCUCUGACAACAUCCCAAAUGUUGACCUCAGCAACCUCAGCAGACACCACUCUAGGAAGCAUAGGGGAGCCAUCACUGUCUGUAACUGGAAGUUUUUCUCCAUUCACUUCUAAAUUUUCUACAACAUUAGGAUCAGAAAUACAGUCAGCACCACUCUCUACCAGUUCUUCAAUUCCAAAAACAUCUACAGUUUUCCACACCUACCAGAGUGAAGGCACAGAGACCCUGGAAUGGCCUCAUGCCAGUAGCUCAAUCUCUACAGAUGUUUCUUAUCAGACAAUCACUCCAGGUAAAGCAACAACAUUUGCUUCUUUGUCCUCUAGUGAUAGCCACACAACUCGGUCACAAAAAAGACCAUCAUCAGCACCAACCAUAGAUACCAGUGUGCUGGUCACAGAAAGCACAUCUACUUCUGCAGCUGGUACUAUUUCUUGGGUUACCUCUAAGGUCUCAACAACAGGUAAAGAGGGAGAGCCAUCCACACACCCCUAUCAGAGCACAUCUCCUCAGGAAACAACAGUGGUUGUUUCCCAUACUCAGUGGACACAAGACACAGGGACCACUGGUGAAACUCAUGUCAGUACCACAAGCUCCAAUGUGACCCAAACCAUCAAUACAGUCACAUCCGCAUCUCCUUCAUCCAUGCUAAGCGGACACACUUCUCAACUAACCAUAACAGCAAGCCCAACAAGGCGGUCAACACCACUCUCUAUUAGCACCUCUCCUCGAGAAUCUUCAGCUGUUUCCCAGAUAGAUCACACCCAAGGCAGGCAGACCACACAAGAAGCCCAAACCAUGAGUUUAGUCUCCUCCAUCACUGACAUCAUCAAGACAACAACAUCUGCAACUUCUUCAUUCAAACCAAGUGGACACUCGCCCUCAGAAAGUAUUCCUCAGGAUACAUCCACCACAGGUGAAGUGACAGUCUUCACCCAGGCGCCCUCCAGGGACAGCAGCACAACUCAGGCCACUACCACUACCACAGAACUGUGGACAGUGCCAUCCAGACCCGACACCACCCUGGAAACCUCAGGAGGUACAUCAUUUUCCAUAACAAGUGUCAUUCCUCAGGCCACCUCUGUAGUCUCAACAUCAAGAGGUCCCAGAGGACAAUCAAUAUCCCCUGCUACCAGCUCUUCACCUGACACCACAUCAGCCAUUUUCCAAACCCACCAGACUCAAGCCACAGCAACCACCGGAGAAUCACACACUAUCACACCAGCCUCCUUGGUGAUGGACACCACCUUGGUAGCAGAUACCACCUUGGUGGGCACGGCUAUAGCUUCUUCCACAGCAAAUAGCCAAACCACUCCAGAAAGUGCUUCACCAGAAAUGUCCACCUCCGAUAAGAUCAAGAGUUUCUCACCAACUCCCUCCAGGGAAAGCCAAACGACUCAGUCAACAAUAGAAUUGUUUUCGAUUUCAACCAGUCAUGACACUACUCUAAGAACCAUGGGAAUGGUGUCUGCUAUAACCCCCAGCAUCACCACUUCAAUCAUCAUCUCUGAGGUCCCAACAACAGGGAGACCAACAGGACAGUCAACUCCAACUUCUCCCAGCACCUCUCCUCAGGAAACGUCAGUCAUUUCCCAGAUGGCUCAGACUCAAAAUACAAGAACCCCCAGAGGAUCUGGUUCAGUCUCCCCCGUGACUGACACCUUCUCAGCAGUCACAUCUCUACCUCUUUCAUCCACACCAAAUGUGCACACAUCUCCACAAACCAUGGCCCAUACUCUGUCUCCUUCAGACACCAGCACAACAUUUAUCUCAAACCCAGUCAGUGACACCCCUGGCCCUGCAGUCACCCGGAGCUCCACCACCCUAUCCACAGGUCAUUUCACUCCUCUGUCUGUUGCCAGCACUUUCUCACCAUCCACAUCAUCCUCGAGCUCCACUGUGAAGACUGGGACAUCAGGUAGGUGGGGACUCCAGCUUCAGACAGACAGCAAGAGAAGCACAGUAACGUUGCUACCCUCAACGACCCCCAAGACCCUCACAACCUCCACGCCCAGCACCUCCACAGGCACCUCAACUGCUGCCCCAGUCUCUCUCAAGACAGAGAAAGGUGUUCCCCUCUUCCCCUAUGGGUCAACAGUUGGAGACCAGCAAUUCGUUAGGUGGACUUUGGACUUCACCUCGCCGCUCUUCAAGCCCCAGAUUGGCUUCCCUCUCGGCUCCUCUCUCCACGAUUUACUCUAUUUCACAGAUAAUGGCCAGAUCAUUUUCCCGGAGUCAGAGUACAAGACUUUCUCCUAUCCCAACCCUCCUCUUGGAGGCUUCACAGGCCAGGACCCUGUGGCCCUGGUGGCUCCAUUCUGGGACGAUGCUGAUUUCUCCAGCCGCGGGGGAUCCAUAUUUUACCAGGAAUAUGAGACGCUCUAUGGUGAAUACCAUCUGCUAGUCCAGCAGGUGGAGUCUUGGAUCCAAAAGUUCAUAAACACCUGGGACUACAAAGCCAGGUGGACCCUAAAGGUCACAUGGGUCAGUGCCCACGCCUAUCCCGCCCAGAGGAGCUUUGGGACCAACACCUACCAGGCCAUCCUUUCCACGGAUGGGAGCCGGUCCUACGCCCUGUUUCUCUAUCAAAGCGGUGGUAUGCAGUGGGAUGUGACCCAGCGCCCGAGCAACUCGGUCCUCAUGGGCUUCUCCAGUGGAGACGGGCAUUACGAAAACAGCCCACUGACGCUCCUGCCAGCAUGGGAGAAGUACCGUCCAGACCAGUUCCUGAAUUCCAGCUUAGGUGUCAGGGGGCUGCAGGUCUAUAGGCUACACAGGGAAGAAAGGCCCAACCCCCGUCUCAGGUGCCUGCAGUGGUUGAAGAGUCAGCCUCAGUGGCCCCACUGGGGCUGGAACCGGCUCUCCUGCCCUUGCUCCUGGUGGCAGGGACUACAGGACUUACGAUUCCAGCCCAUCAGCAUAGGCUGGGGCCUCGGCAGCAGGCAGCUGUGCAGCUUCUCCUCCUGGCGUGGGGGCGUGUGCUGCAGCUAUGGGCCCUGGGGAGAGCUUCUUGAAGGCUGGAGAGUGCAGAAUCCUUGGCAGUUUGACCAAGAACUGGAGGCACAGAACUGGUGCUGCCGCUGGAACGACAAGCCCUCCUUCUGCAUCCUGUACCAGCAGUGGCGGCCCCGCAUUGGCUGUGCUGGGUACCGGCCCCUGAGGCCCGCCUGGAUGUUCGGGGACCCCCACAUCACCACCUUGGAUGGUGCCAAUUACACAUUCAAUGGGCUGGGGGACUUCCUGCUCGUCCGGGCCAAGGACGGAAACUCCUCCUUCCUGCUACAGGGCCGCACGGCUCUGACCGGCUCCGCCCAGGCCUCCAACUUCAUCGCCUUUGCCGCUCAAUACAACUCCACCAGCCUGGGCCCCAUCAUGGUUCAAUGGCUCCUUAAGCCCAAUGACACAAUCCAAGCGCGGCUCAAUAACCAGACUGUGACAUUUGAGACUAACCGUGAAGAUGCAGAAGGCCAGGAGACAUUCAACACCACCGGAGUCGUAAUGACCCGCAAUGGCUCGCUGGUGUCAGCCAGCUUCGAUGGGACAGUGACCAUCUCAGUGAUCGCUCUCUCCAACAUCCUCCACGCCUCCUGCAGCCUCCCAGAGGAGUAUCAAAACCGCACAGAGGGCCUCCUGGGGGUCUGGAACAACAAUCCAGAUGACGACUUCAGGAUGCCCAAUGGCUCUACCAUUUCCCGAAGCAGCUCUGAAGAGAUGUUUUUUCACUAUGGAAUGACCUGGAGAAUCAACGAAACAAGCCUCCUCGGCAAGAGAGACGACCAGCUGCCUUCCAACUUCACUCCUGUCUUUUUUUCCGAACUGUUGAGAAACAACUCCUCGAGUGAAAAAUUGGCCUCCGAGUGUAACGGAAAUCAGCAAUGCAUCUACGACACCCUGGCCACGGGAAGCAGAAGCACCGGACUGCACACUAGCAUGCUCUUUAGACAAUACCAGGAGAUGAACGCCACCCUCAAUCAGUAUCCACCCUCUAUUGAAGGCGAUCGCGUGGUGGAAGCCCACAUCGGGAAGACCAAGCUGUUUCAGUACACCAGCAGCUCUAAGAAUGUCACCUUUAUUCUCAGAGACAACAACACUGACUGCAAGCUCUUUGAGAAUGGGACAUUGCUAUGGACACCAACGAAGGUGGAACCAUUCACUCUGGAGAUUCUAGCCAGAAAUGUCAAGGACAACUUGUCAUCUGUACUCCAGCCAAAGACAGUGGUCUGUGCCUGCAAGGCAGAGAGCCAGUGUUUAUACAACCAGACCAGCAGGGUGGGCAAUUCCUCCUUGGAGGUGGCUGGCUGCAAGUGUGACAAGAACACCUUUGGCCCCUACUGCAAUCUCUCCACGGACCUCUGUGAGGAGGCAUGCUUCCCGAAUGUGACAUGCGUUCGUGGGAAGGGCUGUGAGGCCUGCCCCCCACACCUGACUGGGGAUGGGCGUCACUGUGCAGCUCUAGAGACCCCUCUGCUCUGUCAGAACAAGUCCUGCCCUGUGAAUUACUGCCACAACCACGGUCACUGCUACAUCUCCCAGACCGAGGGCUGCCAGCCCACCUGCACCUGCCCCCCAGCCUUCACCGACUCCCGCUGCUUCCUGGCCGGCAACAGUUUCACUCCAACCAUCAGUCUAGAGCUUCCAUUGAGAAUCAUCCAGAUGUCGCUCAGUGAAGAAGAAAAUGCCUCUGCGGCAGAGGUCAACGCCUCGGUGGCCUACAGACUGGGAAACCUGGAAGUACGGGCCUUUUUCAGGAACAGCCAAGUGGAACGCAUCAAUCCCAUCACAGGAAGCACCCUUCAACACUGGAAGGUCACCUCGACAUUCCGGUACCGCCCUCGGGGUCCCGUCAUUGACUUCUUGAAUAACCGGCUGGUGGAUGCAAUAGUGGAGGCCUUCCUCCAGGCCCCGAACAGGAGGUGGAAGAGAAGCGAGGGGCCCAGGAACAACGUGGUCUUCCAGCCCCUCUCCAGGGAAGAUGUGCGCAGUGUGAUGGCUCUGAACGUGAGCACGCUGGAGACUUACUUCAAAUGCGAUGGCUACGAGGGCUACCGCCUGGUCUACAGCCCCCAUAGCGGCGUCACCUGCGUGUCCCCGUGCAGUCAGGGCUACUGUGAGCACGGAGGUCAAUGCCAGCACCUGCCCCAAGGGCCUAGCUGCAAGUGUGUGUCCUUCUCCAUCUACACGUCGUGGGGCGAGCGCUGUGAGCACCUGAGCAUGAAACUCGGCGCCUUCUUCGGGAUCCUCUUUGGGGCCCUGGGCGCCCUCUUGCUGCUGGGGGUCGUGACAUUUGUGGUCCUUCGCUUCUGGGGCUGCUCCAAGGCCCAGUACUCCUACCCCCUGGACUCAGAAAGCUGAGGCCUCGCCCCAAAGGGGCAGCUGUGGCCUAGAUACCUCAGGACCCACCCCAGCCUCACCCGCACACUUCUAGGCGCCCUUGCUUUGGGAAGGCUGGAAAGAGGAAGGUGACUGAAGGCGAUUCAGGAUUCUUCAAAGAGAAUGAAUAAUGGGAAUGAAUAAUAAUAAAGGCAGAACCACUCCUGGUCAGUAGACACAGAGGCGGACAGAAAGAGGCCAUGAAGACCCACUACGUAAAUGAAUGGAUUUUCACACACACAUACCCACGAGGACGCCGACUUACACACACACGCACAUGCCAUAGUUAAUAAUGGGGUGAUGGCUCUAAGUUAAAAACCAAAAUGCAUUUGCACUCAAAACUCUUUAGUUUACUUCUAAUUAAAGUCUACUUAAAUAAAAGCCUCCAGACAUCUUGUGUUUCCAAA